AUGUUUAAAGCCGCAUUAGUUCUUUCACAACAAUAUAAUGUAAAAAUUGAUGGAGAAUUCAUUGGAUGGCAAGCAGCACAAACUGGUGGGAAUGCUAUAGGUGCUCUGAGAAGUACAUGUCAAGCCGUAAUCACUGCAAAUGUUAUUGGCAUUGUUGGACCAGUAUAUUCUAGAGAAGCUAGUAUUAUUGCUGCUUUUGCUCAUUCAGAUAAUAUUCCUGCAAUAUCAUAUGCUGCAACUGAACCUGAUUUAUCCGAUCGAAAUGCAUAUCCUAACUUUUAUCGUACAGUUACUUCCGAUGCUGCUGUUACAUUGCCAAUUGUAAAAUUAUUUACUCGAUAUAAUUGGACAUCUUGCAUAAUUAUUUAUCAAAAUGAUGAAUUUGGAUCAGGUGGCACGGAAGUAAUAAGUAAUGCAUUUAGUGAGAACAAUUUGAUAAUUAGUAAAUUUAUAGUAUUUGAUAUUGCGACACAACAUAUUCGAGGUGACUUAAAAGAUAUUUUAUCCACAACUCCAACACGAAUUAUCAUAGUAUGGGCUGAUGAUUAUCAUACAUCAUUAAUUUUACAAAUUGCACUUAAUUUUGAUGUACUUGGUCCAUAUUUCACAUGGAUAUUAAGUUCAAAAGUUUCGUUUAAUUUCUUCAAUCAAACGAUGUAUACUAAAUUAAUUGGAAUGCUUAUUUUAGAACCAAUAAUAGGAAGUGUUGUUAAUGCACCAUUCAAUACAACAUUAUUAAAUGCAGCUUAUCAAAUAUGGCAACAAUAUGAACCUGAAACAUUUCCUGGAUCAACAAAAGUAAAUUAUUAUGCAUUAUUUGCAUUUGAUGCAACUUGGGCAUUGAUACAAUCAUUACAACAAUUUUGUUCAACGUAUACAAAUAGUUCUUCUCCAUGUAUAUCAAUUGUUAACAAUUCAUUCUGUUUCGAUCGUCAUCUUCUUAAUGCUACUUCAUUUCUCAAUACGAUUAGUACUACAGAAUUUGUUGGUGUAUCUGGUCCAGUAAAAUUUAGUGCCAAUGUGACAGAUAGAAUAGAUGGAAUUUAUUAUGUUAUACGAGAUAUUCAGCCUUCUACGAAUAAUAUAGAAUUGGUGCCAGUAUUGCAAUGGUCUAAUUCUGAUAAUUGGAAAACAUAUACACAAGCUGAUGUCAUCAUAUGGCCUGGUAAUACAUUAAUACCUCCUACUGGAUUUGCUGGACUUAAAGGAAUAAACUUACGAAUUUGUAUUAUUGAAUCAAUGCCAUUUAUAAUACGAACAGAUAUCAUUGAACAAAAUCAAACAAAGUUAAGUGGUUAUGUACCCGAUCUUAUUAAUCUUUUACAAACUAGGAUGGGAUUUAUUCCUUACAUUAUAUAUCCACCAGCAAAUCAGACUUAUGAUGGAUUAAUUAAAGCAGUGGCGACAAGUGUUUGUGAUGUAGCAAUUGGUGAUAUUACUGUUACUGCUAAGCGAAGAGAAAUAGUUGAUUUUUCAACUUCAAUAUUUGACAAUUCUCUGCGAAUUAUUGUUCGACAAACAAAAACUGUUCAUAUUGAUCUUCUUUCCUAUUUAAGACCAUUCUCACUUAAUCUAUGUGGAAUGAGUAUGUGGUAUUCUAUUGGUACUAUUAUGGGAUAUGGUGCAGAUUUUCAUGUUCAAACAGCUGCCGAACGAUUAUUAACUAUAGGUUUAUAUCUCUUAAGCUUGGUAUUAGUGGCAACAUAUACUGCCAAUUUAGCAUCUGAUUUAACAAUAUCAAAAUCCAAGGAUAGUAUUUCUGGCAUUGAUGAUAUCAAAAAUGGAAAGAUAUCAUUUAGCCGUAUUGGUAUUCUUAUAGAAGCAUCAGUGGAAGAUUAUUAUUUACGUGAAGUUUCUGAAGGUGUUCGUAAUUAUUAUCCAUUGAAAACACAAAAUGAAUUGUUUAACAGUUUAUUAAAUAAUUUAGUUGAUGCAUCGAUUUUGGAUACUAGUGCUAUAGAAUAUUAUACUAAUAAUAUAUAUUGUAAUUUAACAUUUGUCGAGAAAGAUUUUGCCCCGAGUUCAUAUGGUAUUGCUUAUCCUAAACAAUGGUUAUAUGGAGAAGAUUUAGAUGUCAUUAUAUUAUCUUUAAGAGAAUCAGGUGUUCUUGAUGAUUUAAAAGAGAAAUGGUUUGAUAAAAAUGUUUGUCAACAUUCAUCUUCAUCUUAUGUAUCUACUAGUAUUAAACUGGAAGAAAUGAGUGGUUUAUUUGUUACUUUUGGUCUUAUCAGUAUUCUAUCGUUAGUAUUAUUUACAUCGAAAAAAAUAAUUUGUUAUAUAAGAUUAUCUAAGAAGAUCAAUAUUACUUCAGAGACUUUGGUAGUACAAACUUCAAUUUGUCAUUUAACUGUUGAACAUCGUUUAAUUAAUGAAAGAGAAAUUUCAAUUCUUGCUCAUCAAUUUCCUAAUGUUAAAUAUUUAAAAUUAUUAUUUAUAUUCGAAAAAUCUUUAUAUAUUCGUUGUUUUCAGACAUUAUUUAGUGUUGAUAAUAAUAUUAAUGGGAAUCGUUGUUUUUGGGCUCAAUUAAUCAAAUUUUCAACUGAUUUUUAUAAUGAAUUAAAUAUAAUUAUGGAUGAUAAUGAUGUUAAACAUUGGCUUAUUCAAAAUACAGACAUGAAAUUUUAUAAAUCUGAAUUUUAUGCUGACUGUUUUAAUUCAACGUUUCGUAUUUGGUUUUGA